UGGACUGAGAAACUGUCAUAGCAGAGCCCAUGAGCUCAGCUCAAGGCCCUCAUCCUACAUGUUUGCUCUGCUCUGACAGUAGUGACUGUUUCUCAGAGAGCUUGGGAGAUCAUGCUGCAGUUUCCUUGGGCAGGCCUUCAUUUUAAAAGUUAUCUGCAGAAUGGGGAGGGGAGAACUUGAAGUGGCCAGAAAUUGGAGGCAUAAAAGGAACUUGCAAGGAAGGCAGAUCCAGUUCACCUUCUGAUGGGGAAGUUUCACGUAACAUCCAUGAAGCCUUUGCAUUCAGCCAAUGUGGGGGUCAAUUAAUUGUGGCCCUCCACUUGAAAACACUGGCAUAGCGUUGCAAGUGGCAUUCGUCUUGUUACUCCCUACCUGUCAUUCCUUUCUCUCCAGUUCUUUAGCCAUGGGACCCCCUCCUCAAAUCAGUACUGGUGCAGACAGAAGCAAGGAGCUGUUUAUUGCUGCCAGGAUCACAGCAGCCUCAGCAGGGAGAGGAGGACAGCUGGCCAGGAGCAUUCACCUGCUUUCUGCAUGGGGAAGACAUUCUUGAUUCAGAAGGCUUUGAAGCAGGUUAAGACAGAAGCCCGUGCAUACGUUUAAGUCCUUUGCAGAGCAGGGCUGCUUUACAAACUUGAACCUCAGUUUGUCAUGGAGCUGAAACGUAUCCGGUUUCUGUUGUCUGUCUCCUAGCUUUAAAACCUUUAUUGGACUGCUUCUUUUGCGGUAGCAAUGGAUCAUUUAGAAGAAACUGCAUUAACUUGGCAAAAGUGGUAAAUCCAAGUCCUGAAGAGGCUUUACAAGCACAGCACUACACUAUUCGCAAUGGAUGCGGUCAAAGCUGUGUUUCUCAACCUUUUCGCAACUGUCUCCCUUCAGCCUUUCCAUCUCCUUGAGGCCAACGUUUACCCUGCCUUCUCGUCUUCACCUCCUUUCUCUUCAAAGCUUUUGUCUGCAGACAGCUGCUCUGUAAGCCCUGCUGCCCCUUGCUCUGCUGCCAGCCCCAGCACUGCCAGAGCUCAGCCUGAGCAAGGAGCCUCCUCAAGAGCAGCUGCUGACUGAGCUGAUCAUGUUUGAAGUCAGCACUGGCCCCGCAAGAGUGUGUUCUCUUCAAUUCUGGCUGCACCUUGCCUGGGAUGGGCUCCUGCCCAGCAGGAACCAUGGGCGCUGAAGGAGAGUGAAGCUUGCCUGCUGUUCACCAGCAUUUAGAGUUGUAGUUGGAAGAUCUCUGUAAUCCAACAAGAAGCAACUUCUGAGCCUGGUGAGGGACAGGAUGUGCUUGUGAUCGAUCACGGAGGCUGCCUGUGCAUGAAGCUCAGCCAGGCUGCCUUGGGCGCUUCAGAGAAAGCUUUAGGAUAUGGAGAGGAGACUUUGUCACAGGCUGUGUGCCUGUAGAGUUGCCAGGUCUGGGAUGGAAAACACCCUUCUGGGGAAAAUUUAAGCAGUUGAGAGGUUUAAAACUUCUCUGAGGCCAUUUGCAUUUCUUGUUUCCUGUCUCUGUAUUUAAUCGCUAAUAAAUGAGCAAGAAAAAAAAUAACCAAAUUGAAAUGAAAUCAUAAACGAACUGACCCCUUGGAAACAUGACAGCAACAAUGACAGGAGCGAAACAAGGCUGCCUGUAACCUACCUUGGCAUUUGUAGGGCAUUCCACAGAGUGUAGUCCAUGCACUUGAAUUCUUCUGGAAGAUGCUGAUGUUUACUGUGGUAUCUCAUCUUUGCUUCUACAUUUACUUUGUGUUGCUCCAGUGCCUGGCAGGGGAAGGAUGCUGUGUCUUUAAAGCCUUCUCAGGGCUGUGCAGAGGCAGUUCCAUUGAAGUAUUUGAAUGAGAGCAGGAGGGGGGGUGUGCAUGUGGCUAUUGGCAGAGCUUUCUAUGACAUCCCUCUGAACAGCUGGGCUCUGCUUUGCUUCAGAGCCGCUUGUCAGAGCAAUUAGCUUGCUGUAGCAGCAGCAAAGAUCUCUAGCAUUUUAUUCAGGGUUGAGAGCUGGCGGUGCCUUUUAAGAAGCAAUAUUAUCUUGGCAAAAUUCCUCUUGAACUGGUUGUGGCAAUGAAGUCUCCAUUGAAAUCGGGAAACAGAUGACCUGCUGAGAGUGCAAAACCACCACGUAUAGGUAUAAAUGCGAGCGAGUGUUUCAGGGAUGGGGACCUGACAUCAUUCCUCUCUGGUGCCCGUUGCUACGUUGCAGGGUUCUGAAGAUGUCAAACAGCAACACAGCACAGGAAUCUCUGGAAAUAAUGAAGGAGUCUGAAAAAAAGGUGGUUGAGGAAUCCGUGAACAAAACCAAAUAUGUAUCCAGGUCACCAAGCAAGGAGGAGGUGGAGAAGGACGGUGGGGAGGAUGUCAGCGUGCGCCAGGAAUCUCAGAGACGAACUUCAAGUCAUGGACAUGCCAGAAAAAGAGCCAAGUCUAAUUCAAAGCUUAAACUGGUUAGGAGUUUGGCUGUAUGUGAAGAAUCGUCUAGUCCCUUUGUAGACGGGCUGCUGGAGACCCAGGACAUCAUUCAGUUGCACAUUAGCUGCCCCUCUGACAAGGAAGAGGAAAAGUCCACGAAAGAUGGGGCUGAGAAAGAAGAAAAAGACAAGAAUAAAGAAAAGGCACCAAGGAAAAUGCUGUCUCGAGAUUCCAGCCAGGAAUAUACAGACUCCACUGGAAUAGAUUUGCAUGAAUUUUUAGUAAAUACACUGAAAAAAAACCCACGGGACAGAAUGAUGCUACUAAAGUUAGAACAGGAGAUUCUGGAAUUUAUUACUGAUAACAACAAUCAGUUUAAGAAGUUCCCUCAGAUGACCUCAUACCAUAGGAUGCUGCUGCACCGGGUAGCUGCCUACUUUGGCAUGGACCAUAACGUUGACCAAACCGGGAAGGCGGUCAUUAUCAACAAGACCAGUAACACACGAAUCCCUGAGCAGAGGUUCUCUGAGCACAUCAAAGAUGAGAAGAAUGCAGAGUUCCCGCAGAGAUUUAUUCUAAAACGAGAUGAUACCAGCAUGGACCGAGAUGAUAAUCAGAUGAGACUCCCCUUGCAGGAUGGGAGAAGGAGCAAAUCUAUAGAAGAGCGAGAGGAAGAGUAUCAGCGGGUCAGGGAGCGGAUAUUUGCACGAGAGACUGGCCAGAAUGGAUAUCUCACUGACAGCAGGGGCAACCGGGACAGUUUGAACCGGGCCUCAGGCAGCCGCCAGAGCAGCACAGAGAGCGAGAUAAAGUCGCUGGAGCCUCGGCCGUGGAGCAGCACAGAUUCAGAUGGCUCCAUCCGCAACCUGCGACCACCUGUUACCAAAGCCAGCAGCUUCAGUGGCAUCUCCAUCCUGACACGGGGGGACAGCAUCGGGAGUAGCAAAGGCAGCACUGCCAGCAGACCGUCCCGGGCAGGUACCAACCCUGCCGUGCCUUUCUCUGUUCAAGGUUUGGUACUAGGUGCCCCUGAAGCAUGCAGCCAGUCCCCUUCUUCACAGCCCAGCCGUGGCCUCUUACCCUGCACAGCCCAGCAGCCUCAACCACAGCCACCCCAACAGCCACCACCACAGCCCCAAGGACUUCCACCUGCAGCCCAGCAGCAGCCAGCCAUGAGUAACCACAUGAUAUCCCAGCCGGUCCCAGCGCUGCAGCCUGCUCAGUAUUCUCCAAGCUCCUGCCCCCAAGUCCUCUUGCCAGUCUCUCCACCCCAGCAGUACAACUUGGCCGAGGAACUCAGUAGCCCCUUUGGGCAGAUCAGCCUCAGCCGGCAGGGCUCUACGGAAGCACCGGAUCCUUCCUCUGCUAUGUUCCAGUCAUCCCUCAUCUCCCAGCAUCCUCAGCAGACUGGAUUCAUCAUGGCAACCCCUGGGCAGCCCAUCCCCACCUCCAACUACUCCGCCUCAGGGCACACAGCCCCCACACAGCAGGUGCUGCAGCCCCAGGGCUACAUUCAGCCUCCCCAGCAAAUUCAGGUUUCUUACUACCCUCCUGGGCAGUACCCGAACUCCAGCCAGCAAUACCGAUCUCUCAGUCACCCAGUGGCCUACAGCUCCCAGCGCACUCAGCAGCUCCCCCAGCAGUCCCAGCAGCCUGGUUUACAGCCAAUGAUGUCCAACCAGCAGCAAACAUACCAAGGUGUAAUGGGAGUACAGCAGGCACAGCCCCCCGGGCUCCUCAACAGCCAGAGGAACAGCAUGGGGGGCCAGAUGCAGAGUAUGAUGGGAGUGCAGCAGGCGCAGCCCCCUGGUCUUCUCAGCAGCCAGAGGAGCAGUAUGGGGAGCCAGAUGCAAGGCCUGAUGGUCCAGUACACUCCACUGCCUUCGUACCAGGUUCCGGUGGCCAACGAGUCCCAGAGUGUGGUCCAGCAACCCUUCCAGCAGCCAGUGCUUGUGCCAGCUAGCCAGUCUGUCCAGGGGGGGCUUCAGGCUGGAGGUGUACCCAUCUACUACAGCGUCAUCCCAACUGCCCAGCAGAACGGCACCAGCCCUUCGGUGGGGUUCCUUCAGCCUCCUGGCUCUGAACAGUAUCAGAUGCCACAGUCCCCAUCGCCCUGCAGCCCACCACAGAUGCAGCAGCAGUAUUCAGGGGUGUCUCCAUCAGGCCCUGGCGUGGUUGUGAUGCAGCUGAAUGUACCCAAUGGCCCCCAGGCCCCCCAGAACCCCUCCGUGGUGCAGUGGAGCCACUGUAAGUACUACAGCCUGGACCAGCGGGGGCAGAAGCCAGGAGACCUGUACAACCCCGACACCAGUGCUCAGGCCAGCACCCAGCUGAACAGCCCCAUCACAUCCCCCACCCAGUCCCCAACGCCGUCUCCCGUCACCAACCUCAACAGUGUCUGCACGGGGCUGAGCCCUCUCCCUGUCCUCACGCAGUUCCCCCGGCCCAUGGGCCCAGCGCAAGGUGAUGGGCGCUACUCGUUGCUGGGCCAGCCGCUGCAGUAUAAUCUGUCUAUCUGUCCCCCACCACUGCUCCACAACCAGCCCAACUACAAUGCACACCAGGGGCAGACUGGAAUGAAACAUGGAAACCGGAGCAAGAGACAGGCCCUCAAGUCUGCAUCCACUGACCUUGGGACAAGUGAUGUAGUACUGGGUCGAGUUCUGGAAGUGACAGACCUGCCCGAGGGCAUCACGCGGACAGAGGCUGACAAGCUCUUCACCCAGCUUGCCAUGGCUGGUGCCAAAAUCCAGUGGCUGAAAGAGACUCAGGGGCGCCGUGGAGAUGGAGGCGGCGGGGACAACAAUGGGACUCCAGAGAACGGCAGGCACAGUGACCUUGCUGCCUUAUACACCAUCGUGGCCGUGUUCCCCAGCCCGCUGGCUGCCCAGAAUGCCUCCCUCCGCCUCAAUAACUCCCUCAGCCGCUUCAAGCUGCGUGUGGCCAAAAAGAACUAUGACUUGCGGGUGCUGGAGCGUGCCAGCUCACAGUAGGGCUCACACAUGGGCACAGAGCACACUGGACUGCGGGCACUUCCCUCUGCCUUCUCUUUUCCUUUCUGCCCUCCCUUCCUCUCGCCUUCCCUCCUGGAUAUAUUUAUAUGGACAUAAUUAAGAGACAAGAAAUUGAUUUUUUUUUUAUUAUUAUUAUUUUUGGAGUGAUGCCCAUGCCCGCCCACCUUACCCUGUGUAUAUUGUUUUGUUAAGCACUGUGUUGAACCGCACAUACAGGUGUUGAUUGGUAUGUUCACUGCACAUUUUAUUUAAUCAGGUUAUUAUUUGGGGGGUAUUUUUUUGUUUUAUUUUAUUUGGGGGGUUGUUUUUAAAUAAAAGAAGAAAACUUGUCCAUCA